UCCUCCCUCCUUCCUUCCUUCCCUUCCUCCCUCUCUCCCUCCCUCCCUCCCUCCCAGCUCCUCCACCAGGAAACAACCGGAUUCCGGAUCCCGGCUGCGGCCUGACCCGGCUCCACUCUAGCCGGGAGGAUGAAAGGCCUCAGCUGGGGGCUCCCUGCCACCAGCACUGGGUCCUAAGAGCUGCCAUAGAGGCUGGCCGCCCGGAUGGCGACCCCAGCCUCAACCCCAGACACACGGGCUCUAGUGGCUGACUUUGUAGGCUAUAAGCUGAGGCAGAAGGGUUAUGUCUGUGGAGCUGGCCCUGGGGAAGGCCCAGCAGCCGACCCGCUGCACCAAGCCAUGCGGGCUGCUGGAGACGAGUUUGAGACCCGCUUCCGACGCACCUUCUCUGACCUGGCUGCUCAGCUACAUGUGACCCCAGGCUCAGCCCAGCAACGCUUCACCCAGGUUUCCGACGAACUUUUCCAAGGGGGCCCCAAUUGGGGCCGUCUUGUGGCAUUCUUUGUCUUUGGGGCUGCCCUGUGUGCUGAGAGUGUCAACAAAGAAAUGGAGCCAUUGGUGGGACAAGUGCAGGAUUGGAUGGUGGCCUACCUGGAGACACGCCUGGCUGACUGGAUCCACAGCAGUGGGGGCUGGGCGGAGUUCACAGCUCUAUACGGGGACGGGGCCCUGGAGGAGGCACGGCGUCUGCGGGAGGGGAACUGGGCAUCAGUGAGGACAGUGCUGACGGGGGCUGUGGCACUGGGGGCCCUGGUAACUGUAGGGGCCUUUUUUGCUAGCAAGUGAGAAAGUCUAGGGCUAGGUGGGGCUAGGUGUGGUUAGGGGCCAGGAGAGCUGGAACAAUAGAGAAUGCCCUUGGAAGAAACUGGAUGGUCACGGAACAGAGAAAGGCAGGGGAAAGUAGUGUGUGUGUGGGGGGGGGGGAGCCAAGCAUGCCAAGCAGGUGGCAGGGAGAAUGAGUUGGAAACAUUAAGGAAUGUUUCAAGGCCAGGAACCCAGAGAGUGGAGUCAUCCCACGGCUUGGGGGGAGGUGGGAGGAAUCAUGCCCAUAUCGUGGGCACACAGCUACCCAGAAUGUGGCUUGUAGCUCCAAGGACGGUGGACUUACUUAAAAGAUCUGUGUGUCUACUAGAUGAAUGGGAUUUAGGGAGUCUAGAAUUCACCUCCCUUUGGAAUGGAAGCUUGGUGAUCAGGUGACUGGAUGAAAUGGCUGUGGGCUGCAUGGGCACACCUGUGCAUGUGCACAUGCAGGCAUGCUCACACAUGCAGGCAUGCUCAUGUGCAUGCUGGGCUGUUUGUCCAAUCUGGUGAUGGGGUACUUCGAGAAAACAUUCCUUCUUGCUGUGGCAAGAACAAGGGCCAGUUCACUGCCCUUCUCCCCUCUGCCCCUUCCCUUGACCUUAUGCCUCCAGGCUGAGGGAGGAACACUGUAUCUAGACUAGGAUUCUGGUACUGCUGAAAGUUGUUGGCAGGGCUUUGGAGAGAAGAGUGCUGCAGCUGGCCUUGUUCUUCAUCACCCCCCUGUUGUGUGCAUCUUUGCACCGGGGCUGACAAAGGAUAAGGCUGUGGUGCCUGGGUGGGUAGAAGCUUUGGUAGUUGGAUUUGCCUGUCACCUUCCCCUCCAAUGGCAGCAUAAGGGUGCCUAAAGUAUUGCCUGUUUCUAGGACCUGUCAGUCCAGCUGAAACUCUAAAUUGGGGCUCUGAUUUUCCUUUAGAAGAUUACGGACAAAAAUGCUGACCUAGAAUUCAGUUUAGUUCCUGAACUGUCUCAGUGAGAGAACCAUUCCAGCUCUGAGUCCCUUGGGAGUGAUGGGGACAGGUACUCCUUGACUGGCCUGUUCUGUGUGGUGGGUUUUGGUGCUGCUUUAUCAGGGGCCAGGCAUAUGGGUUCUAGAGUACCUGCCAUGACCUAACAUGUUUUCUUUUGAAGCCAUGCUCUUUGCAUAGGUUGUGUUGUCAACACUUGAGUCUCUAAAGAUGGUCACAUUAGAACUCACAGUCCAGUCCUCUAGAACAAAUCCAGACUCUAGCUUUUCCUUUUGAAGGAGAAAUUACUUACUCCAAAUGCAUGCCCUGAGCCAGACCUCACUGCUGCACUUUCCAAGGUGCUACCAUUGCUGCUCUCCAAUGCUGACAUUGUUCCCAGUGCUCUAGAACCCUACCUGCCUAUCCGGAGCACUGACCGGCUUGGCUAGGCCACAGCUGACUCUCCUCUUCACUUGGUCCUAGAAUGUGGCAUCAUACAGUGCUUGCUAAUGUGGGACCAAAUUGGCCUCAGGUGUUUUAGUCCAGACUUUUGCUUUUGAGAGAAGGUUGCACUUUUUAAUAGUGUCUAUGGGGGAUGUGGGAGACUGCAUGUGCCAGUUGGUCAGUUUUGAGGGUGAUGAUCUAAAAAACUCAGAGCUCUGUGUGGCAAGCAGUUGGAGUGGGAGGCUCUGACUUGCUCAGGACAAACUAGCCCAGUGGUUUUCAAACUGCUUGGCACUGCCCCAAGUGUCCUAGGGGUUGCCUCAGGAGUCCUUAGGGAGAUGAGGGAGUGGAGGGCUGGGCAGUUUGCCCUCAAACAGAACGGCUCCCCUUGUAGCUGUUUUAUGUAUCGGGGUUCAGGGUAAGAUUUUAUUUGUGGUAAGGGCUUUGCUGCUGAAAAAAGUUAGAAAACCACUGACUAGACCCUCAGCUCCACCUGGAGCCUGUGCGCCUCCGAGUUCAGGGAAGACUCUCUGCUCUACCCUUCCCACGGGACACCUACCCAAGUUAGCAUUCCUGGGGGCCUUUAGCAAACAGAGCAGCGGGGGACCAGGGUCAGGUUACCAACAAGCUCUGCUCUCAAGCCUUCACAAGGGGUGGAAGGAGAGGCUGUGUUAUGAUAGGCUAAAGGGUUGGUCUUGGUCUGGAUUCCCAGAAGCUUAGCUUAAAUGGGACCACAGUGGGGAGUUGUGACCUGUUCUGCCCUUUGUUUUAAGGGCCAAUGGAAACCCAGAGACUCUUCUGUCAGGGAAAACCAGGGACUCUUUUAGAGCCAUAUAGUUCCUUGGGAUUAGCUCUUGGCCAAGAAGGCUGAGUAUGGCUCCCAACUUUUAAAUCCAUUUCAUUUUUUUAAAUGAGGGAAAUGGAUAUAAUUUCUCAGAUAUUAAGUAGGUGGAGAGGAUGUUCUUGCUCUCCAAAGCCCAAAGGGACAAAUAAGGACUUUGCUUAGGCCAAGACAAGAGCGGAAGUGGGGCACUCAGUGCUGCAGUUAUCCAUCCUAUGCCCCACUUACACUAGGGCAUACAUAUACUAUUUUACUUUUUUAAAUCAUAAACGGCAGGAGAACAGAUUUGGUUAGUUUAGAAGAAGAGAAAAAGCUCUAUAAAUAUAAAUAUAUAUUCCUGUAUUUUUAUUUAAUAAUUUAUAAAUGCCAAGUUCAUUUGACUUUUAUUUUUGUGUAAUAUGUAAUGGUCGUAUUAAAAAUAAAUAAAUAAAGCCCAGAAAUUUAAUGAGAAGUAC